AUGCCGAAACGAGGCUGCAACCAGUCUGCGAACGAAGAAGAUAAAGUCCCAAUUGUUGAGAAGUUGUACAGGUAUUUCAACGCUUAUCAGAUGAGUUUCAGUUCUUCUUCUUUCAGAGAGAAUCAGGAUUCUGACUACCUCGGAGGCGGUUUUUGUGACGACGACGAUGAAGUUCAAGAACGACGAGAGCAGAUUUCCGAAAUGCGACAAAAGCGUUAGUGGAAACUAAAAAUUUUGUGAAUCUAUAGUUUUUCGUUUAUCUCAACGUUAAAAUUUCAUUUCCAGGUGCGGAUGCGGUGUACAGCGGCACUAAAGCUCCGGAUAACUGUGAAAAAUGCGAGAAAGUGCUGAUGGACAGUUGGCUCUGGGAGCGCUACAAUUGCCCUGUUUGCGAUUCUUGCAGAGACGAAAAAGGAGAACACAAAUUGCUGGCUCGCACAGAAGUCAAGAAUGCGUAUCUUCUGAAAGUGUGUCGUUUUUUGUCAUCUGAAGCCAUUAGACUAUUAUUCAGGACUGCGAUCUCGAUCUGCGUAAGCCUCCGCUUCGCUUCUGGGCGAAGAAAAACCCGCAUAAUCCAAGAUACGGAGACAUGAAACUUUAUCUGAAGUGUCAAGUGGGAACAACACGAACUGUUUAGUGUUUCAAAGCUUCAUUUAUAGGUCGAGGAAAGAGUCCUCGAAGUUCACGGCAGCUGGGAAGACCUCGAGUUGAAAAAAGAGCUUCGCGAGCAGUCGAAAGAAGUCCGUUCGGAGAAGAGAUUUGAAAAGAAGCUGAAGGAUCUUCGUCAGCAGAUCAAAGGGACUUCUGGCGUGAAAAUCGAGUUCGGUAAACCACAUGUUCACGAUUUCGGCAUGGAGACUCAUGUGGAAGAAGACACGUGGAAAAGAACAUGUCGGACGUGCGAAUAUGAAGAAAAAUUCGAAAAGCUUUGAAUACCAAUCAAUAUUAUCAUCAAUCAUCAACCAACCACGGUCUCACUCAACUUCCAUACUCAAUUUACCGGUCUUGCCCCCUCGGUGUUUGCAAACGAAAGCCUAAUUUCAGAAAAUUUCGGUUUGAGUCUUCAAACACCAAGCAAUAGCAAUUAAUUGAGUUUUAAUUCAUUUACUAGAACAUCUCUUGUGAAAUCCCUAUUGCUCGAAUAAAAGCCUCCGUGUUUGCGUGUUUCCUCCCUUUCCGCGCGGUAGCCAUGGAAACCGCGCGCAGGGAACCAGUCUGCGCGUAAUAUCCAUAUUAAGUCCUUCCCCGCUAUGCGACGAAAUUCAGUAAGUAUCGAAGAAGGAAUCCGUAAGUUGAAGAUGUUUGUUCUAGUAAAACAAUUUGAUUCAGUGCCGAGACAGGGGCAGGAGCCGCCGGCAGUUGCUCCGCGAAAGAGCAGACCGGAGAAGCUGUUCCUGCGGUCGGCCUCUGUCGGACUGGCUCCAGGAGACGGAGAACAGUCGCCUUCUCCGGGUCCGACGACAAAAACGGUCGAAGAUAAGAAACAGAACAGAAGAGAAUCCAUAAAAGGACAUCUGAUGAAAUUCAAAGCGAAGGCCGGCAAGAUUCUGGAAGAGAAACAGGGCAACAAACUGACUCCGGAGGAUCAACAGAAUAGUGGCUCCUUUUUGGUACGUUCAGAUUGGUCCAGAACUAAUAACUAGAUAUUUCAGUCACAAACGGAAAGUGAGCUGAAAGAGGAAUUUUCCGUUCUGGAUGAACAAGGAGUGAGUGAGUCAUCGAUUCAACAGGAGGUAUCGAAAAAGGAAUCGAAAGAGCAACUGAGGAACAGAAUACGGCAAAGUGCGCAGAAAGCCGUGGAGAGGACACGUGGCAAUGUGCAAUUGAACAGAAGACUGGCCAGAAGACCGACGGUCGUGAUGGAGGAGCAUCUCGACAAAAACGAUCUGACUGCUAUCGAUGAGCAAGUGGAGAAGACGAUCAAGGUGAGUGAUCUCCAGAGAGAGAGAGAAGAGAGACGGACAUUUCCAGAUGGGAGAGAAGUAUUUGGUGGCAAAUGAGACGACAAUAGCAGCCGAAAGAGACAUUGAAGAGUUCUUCGAGCCGAAAGCCAUAGACACGGACGAUACGAAAAAGGCGGAAUCGAGAAAAAUGGUGUACGGAAGAGUGGAGGGGGUCAAGUACGACCACGACCUGAUGGUCAGAUACGUGGCAAGGGACGGAAACAUUGUCUGCGGGGAGACUAUUCCGAAAGAGAUUUUGAAGAAUGUAAAGAAGCCACCGACGAGAGUGAGUUUGAGGUCGAAACGAAUAUAAUAGUUACUUUUAAACAGGUGGAGUACUGUGAAGACUCUGUAAGUUACUACACGGCUCCAGAGACUAUGGAGGAUGUGGCAAGUCGAAUGAGGUGGCCAUCUCAACAACCUUCAUAUCUACAUUAGUGAUAAAUUCAGGAGCAGGAAGUUCGUGCAAAUGGACGUGUUCGUUGACUCCAUUCACUUCGAUCAUCACUAUUUGUGGGGAGAAGAGGAAGUGGCGACUGCCGAACUGAGGAACGCCUUCAUGAUGCAACUGUUGAGGGUCCACGAGUUGGCCCAACUUGCCAGACAUCACUUGUAAGUUUGUUUUCAAAAUGACCACCUCAAGAAGAACUUUAAUUUUCAGAGACGAGGACAGACAACCAGUGAUGAAAGAGGAAGUGAGAAAGGGAAGGACCGAGAUCGAAAGAUUGGCUGACGUGCUGAAUGAAACUAGAAGGUCUCAAGGGUACACGGCGACGAAAGUGUCGUUCGUUCCUGCUGAAAAUCCGUGGGAUGACGAUGACUGGCAGGCGUACGGGAAAAUGAACAGCGCGGCCAAGCUGACACCGGUCGGGAAGAUUCCGAAGGAAACAAGGGAACGAAUUGCGAUGAUGAGAAAGACGAACGUCCAACUCGUGCUCUAUUUCAAUGACAUGGAAGUGAGCCGCACUGCCUGGGUCCCCUUGAGCGCUGACAUUAUGGUGGCUGUGAAACGGUUCGAAUUGGAACUUUACUCUCCAAUGAAAUCUCUGACUUUGAUGGUUCUGGAACAGUCGAACGGAAAGAUCAGGGUGCUCGGAAAAGGAAAUGUUCCGUUGCCUUCCGAGGACGAUCUUGACGUGGCACUCCAUGAAGUUGUAUUUGAAUGCGACACUCCAAUGAAGCCGUGAGUUUAAUUGAAAUGGUCUCAGAAGAAUGAACAUUUCCAGAAUUGGAGGAAGUUUUGGAUCAGAAAGCGAACGGAAGGAAAACGGAAGGAUCUUGUGCAGAGCGAUGCUUGAAGACGGAGAAUUGAGACUGGCCGACGAUCGACUGAUAGCGGAGGCGGUUCAAGACAGAAGAAGAAACAAGUUCGAGCUGAUUCCCUCCGAGUUGGUCCUUGGAAGUUUGGAUCAAGAGGACGCCAAGAAACGGUAGAUAAUUCGUCAGGUCACAUGAUCUCCAAUUCAUUUUUAGACUGGAAGAACUUCGAGAAGAAGACAGAGCUCAGAAGAGAUUCACAUACAGAAGUGCCAUUGACUCGAGAAGAAUUUCGGCCAUUCAAUUUGCGAACUUGGCAAGAAAGCGAGUGAUGGAUCGUCGGCAGAAGAAGGAGAAAAAAUACGAGGAGAUAGUGAGAGAGCAGUCGAUUCCCACUCUCUCGGUCGCUUUCUCGCAGCUGUUCGGCCCUGCAGAUGUGUCCAGGAAGCUGAAACCGAUGCGAAGAGAAGAAAGAGCGAAGAAAGAGGGAUGGGACAGUACGGUGGUGGUGAACAUCCAGUCGGCAGUCAAUCUGCCGGUCAGACUCGCCGGGAUGCUUCAGCCGUUCGUAGUGGUCAGGUAUUCCGGGAAAACGGUGGCCACCGACGUGGCAGUGGGAAGACAUCCUAAUUGGCAAUUCACUGCCAAAAUGAAAGUGGACAAAGAAGACAGAAAUGAAGAAUUCAUCGAGAUAAGAGUAUAUGAUCAGGUACAGUGAGGAGAGGCAAUAUCGGAUAGAAGGGAAGAGUUUCAGCUGGUAGAGGGAAUCGAGAAAGACGACCGAAUCCGGAAUGUGAUUCACGAGCAGUUGUCCGUCAGGCUCCUCGCUUCCCAGAAAAUUCGCUUCGAAACCCUGGCCUCUGUCUCCAAGAUCAGCACGUCGAUCCGACUGCACACCCCGCUUUACAUCUCCAACUACAAGUACGUCCAUGUGCCAAUCACUUACCACAUCUCUUUUUUCCAGAAUUUCCCCUGAUUCUUGCUUUCUGAAAGUUCUGCUCUCAACCCAAAUUGAGCCGAAAUCACAAGUGGAGUACACCCGGAGUCCAUCCAGUUUCGAGACGCAAAGGACGCUGGAGAAGUGUGCGGAUCUGGAGAGACAACUGAGAGAACUCUUUCCGAAACGGACUUUUCGCUCUCUUGUCACUGAUCUCAACGCCCACUCCACAAUUUGCACCCGCUUCCUGAGACCUCUGAAACCGCCGGCGAUCGUGAUGCAGGAAAACAGUACAAAUCUGGAGGGGAUCUGUCAGUUGGCCGGCAAGAUCGUCUCAGGGAUUCCUCGCGUCGAUGCGACGUCGCAUUCGGACAUCUGGGGAACUGCUUUCCAGUUGACGAGUAUUGCGGUCGGAGGGCUCGAGGAAAGAGCAACUCUUCUCGGAUGCUGGCUGCUACACUUCAAAAUGCCCGUCGCAAUUGUUUUGGGUAGACAUCUGUACAUUACGAUCCUUUCAGAAGAAAUGUUUUCAGGUGAGGCACAAGGAGAGAAAACCGGUUUCGUGUUAACGGAAUUUGAUGGAAAACAAAUGUUAAUCGACCCGGAAGACGGACAUAUUUAUCCGACUACUGAUGUGAAUUGUGGAUUACAAAAGAUAUUCGGAGCGUUCGAUACGAAAAAUUAUUAUGCAAACGUGCAGGAAUACGAUCAGACACCGCAGAUCGUUUUAAACUUGACGGUAGCCCCCGAAAAAGAGUAAUAAUCAGAAACCAGCAGUUUUCAGAAGGCAUCUCAUUGGAAACCUCUGUUCACGGCGACUGACGAGCCGUUGGAAAGUGUGCAACCGGCCGUUGUGCAGUACGCGAAAGUUUCGGAAGACUGGAUAGUCGAACUGAGAGUCGCUUUGGAGAGGGAAAUCAAACUGCGCUUCGACGAGGCACGAAAGUUCGCAAUCCCACAAUGGCAUCUCGUGGCCGCCCGUCAACUGCGUGAGGCUCUCGAGAAUUCACGUGGCAACCUAGAGGCUACGGUAGCGGAAAAGAUGUCGCGACUGAAAGACGGCUACGCAAUCACCGUCGUCAUCUUCCGGAUGCACUACUCCUCGAUACAAGACUGCGUGCAUGAAGUACUCUCGAACCGUCUCCACGAUUGUUCAGAACAGACGGCGCAGUUCGCCCUCGCCGUUCACGUCGUUGAUUUCUUCGCUCACGCCAUCCAAGUCGACGUGGCACUCGCACUUCUGAAAUCGAAAAAAUGA